CGUUUCCUGUGCAGAGUUUCACUUUCAGUUGUUUUACUGCGCAGCGGAAGGGAAGGAAAGGUGGAGAGUGGGCCGAUCCGAACGAAGAAACUUUACUAAGACCAACCGGACUUCUCAGAAAGUUACCCAGAAAGUGCUGUAAACACUAACAUCACUAUACAGAUAUGGUAGUCGGCAGCUUGGGUGAAAACUGCCCUGACAUCAUGCCUGGUUCAGAGCGAGGUAGCACGGCAGACCUUCCUCCGCAGCGCGGCGAAGAGAUGGGGGAUCUGGGGGAACAGAUGGAGCCCUUGAGGAUCAUGCUUCUUGGGAAGAGCGGGGUAGGCAAGAGCUCGAGUGGGAACACCAUCCUCGGGCGGACGGUGUUUGUCUCAGACAUGAAGCUGAAGAGAGUCACCAGACACUGUGAGAAAGAGACUGGGACGGUGAAGGAUGUGCCUGUUGCUGUGAUCGACACACCCGGCCUUUUUGAGACCAUAAAAACCAAGGAGGACAUGGUGCGAGAUAUUCUCAAGUGUGUCAAACUCCAGGAACCGGGCCCUCACGUCUUUGUGCUAGUAGUCCCCGUAGGACGGAUGACUCAGGAAGACCAAGAUACCAACACACUGAUCCAAACGAUGUUUGGCCCGAGGGUGUGGGACUACACUAUCGUGCUGUUCACGCACGGGGAUCGCUUGGGUGGGAAAACGAUCAACGAUGUCAUCACGGAGAGUGAGAUCGACCUCCGCAACUUCAUACGCAAGUGCAGCGGCGGCUUCCAUGUCUUCGACAACAAGAACCCGGGGGACCAGGAGCAGGUGACGAGCUUCGUGGCCAAAAUCCAGACCCUGGUGGCCCUGAAUGGAGGCCAUUAUUACAGCACGGACCUGUAUCCCCAACCGGAGAGGAAGAUUAGGGAAAAACAGGAGUGCUUACUGGCGGAGAGAAAUGCUGAGAUCAGCCGCAAGGAGACACUGCUGAAGGAGGAACACCAGGGACAAGACCUGGAGGCGAAGAAGAAGGACCUGUGGAGGAAAGAGGAGAACAAAACGAGAGCAGAGGCAGAGAAAUACAUCCGCACUACCUUCAUUUUGAACUGGAUCACCUUCCUGGGACUGAUAGGAGUGCUAAUAGGUCUGGCUCUUCAGGCACCAGUUGUGUUGAUUCUGGCAGGGAUUGUGAUGUUCAUUGGGUUUUUCUUCAAGGAGUCAAUUCUUCGUCUGUUUAUGUCUGGAAAAAUACCGUGGCUUUCUAAGAAAAUCCAAUAGGUGUGCUUUGAGAUAGGGAAGCGUUGUUAACAAUCAGUCAUCUAUUACUCACAUCUGUAAUAGAUGUUCACCUGAUGAGAUUUUAUUUCAGAGAAAUUGUUUGGAAAAUGUUUGUCUUUAAUGUGUCAGUUUAUAAUUCGAAAAGAGAAAAGAAAAAAAACUUGGGGGAUUUUGUGGCUUUCUCACUCCCUUGUUUUGAAUAAGGCUCUCCACCAACCCAACUGUAAAAAUGUGCUAAUGAUGGGAGAAAAAUGUAAGGUUGUGUAUAUUGACUAUGUUUGAAGUGGUAUUUGGUGUUUUAUCAGCAAGUCUAGACAUAAAGAAUUAACUGAUUUACUCGAGAAACUACUCUGUGUAUUUUACGAUUAUAUAUGAUUAUAUUGUAGUGUACAAUGUGAUCGUAAAUGUGAUGCCCACUGAUGGUAGUUCAGACCAUAGACUAGGGCUGCACGAUAUGAGGAAAAUAUGCGAUAUUCAAUAACAUUGUUAUUAUAUUACUUGAUAUUAGUGUACUCGGUUUUGUAUUUCUUUCAGUAUUCUGUUAAAAUACAACAAAUUGAAUUUAAAACAAAUUUAGGGAAAUCUUUUCCAACAUUCUUUUAUUUUCUAUUUAUUUUAUUGGUUUGUGAUUUUAUCAAUGGUUAUUGUUUAUUACUUUUUUUAAAACUGGUUGUUUAAAAAAAGUUGUUUUUCUGGUCUCCUGUAGUCUACUGCAGUCUUGUGAAACAUUGUACAUGGACAUAAUAAACAGACAAUUGCACAAUG